UUCCCUUUCCCUUCUUGUGACCAACAGUCAUCUAUACGAGCCAUGGCAAGACUGUUCUCUUAUUACGUCUUGCUGAUAAGCUGGAUUCUCGGUCUUGGGUUGCUUUCAUUAGAGAGUGUUUACGGCCUGACGGCGGCCGAUGAAGGCCAAGUGGAAGGCUUUUUUAGCCAAAGCGGACACACCAACAAUUGGGCUGUGCUGGUAUGCACGUCACGCUUUUGGUUCAAUUAUCGUCACAUUGCCAAUACUUUGUCCAUGUAUCGUACGGUGAAACGGUUGGGCAUACCUGAUUCCAAUAUCAUCUUGAUGCUGGCCGAUGAUGUAUCGUGCAAUCCUAGAAACAAAUAUCCAGCCACGGUUUACAACAAUGCCGCCCGAUUGCUGGAUCUCUAUGGUGACAAUGUCGAAGUCGAUUAUAGAGGUUAUGAAGUGACGGUGGAGAACUUUAUUCGUAUGCUCACAGGUCGUGUCUCGCCCGAUACCCCGCGUUCGAAACGGUUACUUUCCGACGAUCGGUCCAACAUCUUUGUCUACAUGACGGGCCACGGUGGGGAUGAAUUCUUGAAAUUCCAGGAUGCCGAGGAAAUCAGUGCUUACGAUCUCGCCGAUGCAUUCAAACAGAUGUAUGAAAAAGACAGGUACAAUGAAAUCUUCUUCAUGAUCGACACCUGCCAAGCCAAUACUAUGUACAGCAAGAUCGAUUCGCCCAACAUUCUGGCCACCGGCAGUAGCAAACUUGGCGAAAGUUCAUAUUCGCAUCACACAGAUUACGAGAUUGGAGUGGCGGUAAUCGACAGUUAUACUUACUAUAACUUGGAAUUCCUGGAAGACAUUGAUAUGACAAGCAACAAAACAUUGCAAGACUUGUUUGAUACCUACGAUCCUGUAAAAAUCGCGUCUCAUCCUGGGAUUCGCUCCGAUCUAUUCCGCCGCCCCUUGGAUAAGGUGAAAGUGACCGAUUUCUUUGGCAAUGUGCAAAACGUGGAACUGACACGUCAACGGUAUCCUUUAUUGGAAACGGCUGAUGAACCAUUCAACGAAUCCGAUGUACCUGUGGAAGCACCCGUAACGCCUUCAAAUUACGUGGUUGAUCAUCGAUAUCAUUCUUUCAGCGUGAAACGGAAACAGCGCGAGAGAGGUUGGACAUGGAUAAAGGAUCAUAUAAUAUCGCCGUCCAAUGUUAUUGCCAUGGUGGCCACCGCCGGUAUCGCCUAUGUCGUCAGUCAAGCCAUCCACGCUCAAUGUCUGUAGAAAUUUGAGUAUACAUUCUUCCUCUAUCUCCCUCUCCCUCUCUCUUUGUAUAUACUUCCAUCCUCAUAAGGCAUAUUUACUUCGCUUUUGAAAGGACAAGGUUAAAAGAAAUAUCCAUACUGUAAAAGAUUUUUGUCCCCCAAAAAGGUGGGCUUUGGCGGACAUAACAGCAUUCAAGA